UUGUAAGGUAAUUGCAUCACCUUGGAUGCUUCCAGGAAAUGGCCUCUCCCUGGUUAGUACUUGUAUCAUUCCUCCAUGAUCGUUUCCCUCCCUUUGACUCCAAGUGACCAGAGCCAUGGCUACCUCUCCAUGCAGGCCCAUCUCCCUGUUCCUCAUCCUCUUUUGGGGCUCCACCAUCCUCUUCCUCUCGUCGUCAGCGGAGCUCCAACGGUUCCCGCACCCGGCGAAGAGCGAUGGCUCGCUGAGCAUCUUGGCUGUCGGAGACUGGGGAAGAAGAGGGACUUAUAACCAAACCCAAGUAGCAUACCAGAUGGGAAGGAUUGGGGAGGAGCUUGAUAUAGACUUUGUGAUUUCUGUUGGCGAUAAUUUUUACGAGAGCGGGUUGACAGGUGUCAAUGACAUAGCAUUCAUUGAAUCAUUUACCAAUAUAUACACUGCCAAGAGCUUACAGAAGCAAUGGUAUAGUGUUUUGGGAAAUCAUGACUAUAGGGGUAACGCAGUGGCACAAUUGGACCCCGUACUUCAAAUAUUGGAUAGCCGAUGGCUUUGCAUGAGAUCCUUCAUGGUUGAUGCAGAAUUUGCACAGUUUUUCUUUGUGGAUACUACUCCUUUUGUCGAGAAGUACUGGACACACCCAAAAGACAAUCACUAUGAUUGGAGGGAAGUUGCUCCUCGGGAAGAAUACAUCAAAGGUGUCUUAAAGGAUUUGAAUUCUGCAUUGAGAGAAUCUCUGGCAACUUGGAAGAUUGUCAUUGGUCACCAUACCAUUCGAAGUGUAAGCGAGCAUGGAGAUACCAUUGAGCUUGUGAAGUUGCUCCUCCCAAUGCUUAAGGCUUAUGGUGUUGAUCUCUAUAUCAAUGGGCAUGACCAUUGCCUUGAGCACAUUAGUAGCACCGACAGUCCAAUCCAAUUUCUAACAAGUGGAGGAGGUUCGAAGGCAUGGCGAGGAAUCUUCACUCCAACCACUGAAAAACUGCAAUUCUUCCAUGAUGGGCAGGGGUUCAUUUCUUUGCGUUUAACAAAAACCGACGCCGAGAUUGUCUUCUAUGAUGUGUUUGGUAGACUUUUGCAGAGAUGGAACAUGAACAAACUGCUACACACUUUCAUGUAGGGAAGAACAGAAUUACAGCUACUAGUUAAGACAGACAUUAGGGACAUUGGCUUGUGAAAUUUGGGAGCCCAUUUUGAUGUGGUGUGUAAUGGACGCUGCAUUGAGAUUGAAUUGCAAAAUCUAGUUCUGAGGGCAGAGUUGAUUUGGAAUGGGCAAAACAGCAGCACCUAAGGAUCAGUCAGUGCCUAUGUAUUAAUAUUGCCAUAGUCCUCUGAUUUAGUCAUCAACAUGAGUAGUCUUUUGCUGCUUCUAGUGCAAAAAUGCCCCAAAAAUAAGUGCCUUUGCUUUCAUCAUGCAAGUGGAGGACAUUUUUGAUUGCUACUCAUGAUGAGGGUAUAGCAGAAGCCAUGACAUAGUCGAAUUUAUGUAUAUAUUAGGAAAAAAAUAAAAUGUCCUAGCUUGGCACUGCAAAGUUGAUUUUUGGAGAAGAGAACAGUACUCACAAUACUGUUAAUAAGCUGACUUUUUCCCA